CCCCCCUCUUUUCCGUUUUUCUCACUCUUACAUUAAUUGACCGUAUAUUCCCAUAUAACUCCUUUUCGCGUUUUACGUCUACAAGAACAACUUUCAUUAGGACAAAAUGGCUCCCAAAGCUAAGACCGGCGGCAAGAAGAGAUCCGGACAACCCUCUGCCUACAACAUCUACAUGAAGGUUCAACUUGCUAAGCUCAAGGAGGAGCAGGAGAAGUCUGGCAAGAAGGCUGACCACAAGGAAAACUUUAAGAAGGUUGCUGCUGACUGGAAGACCGCUCCGGAGAACCCCAAAAACAAGAAGUAAUGGUAGGGCGCGUUCGGCGAGGAAUACUGCAAUAGUAAUGUAUGAAAUGGAGUAGGGAGCAGAUGUACAAUUCUGGGUUGAGAUUGUUGUAUAUUCCCUAUGCAUAAUGCAUUUCGAAACGUACAUGCAGUUUUGUUGUAGC